AUGUGGCUGGCCGCUUUAGCUUUCCACCCGACUGCAUCGUCGCCGUUCGCUCGAGGCGGCUUCAUCACCCCCUCCUUCCCUUUCUUGUCCAUAUCCGUCACAGACUUGGGGCAGCCUGCCUCUCGACGUUCACCCUCUCUCGUCGCCUUGCCUCUGCCAGCCGCUCUCCACAUCUGCACCUCCAUCAUCUCCGCCCCCGCUGCAUUUCCCAAUCCGUCGACACGAUCCGCUCCCUCAGACGCGGUGCUCUCGAGCGCUCGGCCCGUACCCGAGAGACCUGGCAUGCUGACCACCGCACGUCGCUCCUUCACCCCGCACUGUCUCUCCUCGCUCGACGCCUCGCGCACUCAUCAUCCGCCCGUCCGACAUCAGCCCAGGAGUCUCUGUUUGGACAGCUGCUUCUGA